GGUAAAGGCCUUCUAAAAGAGGCGACACGUGGCAACUCUCCGUCAUUUUCAUAGGCGGUCUCUCUCCCUCUCAUACGGCCAUUGAGAUUUUAUUUCUUUCGUUUUCAACAAGUUUGUUGCCAAAACGCAAAACCCCUUCAACAAUCAGCUAAAACUGAGGAUGAUAAACCCCUAAAAUCACUAACUGCUGUCAAAACCAUGGAAAUGCCAGUUGUGCACGAAUCCAGUCGCGUCACUUGCGCCGCCUGCGGUGAAGCCAGCCUUGGUGGGCUCCCUCUUUCUUCCUCUCCAUCCAUUAAGACUGCAGAAAUACAAAAGGCGGCGGCGGAGGAGACCCUCAAGGUAGCGACAAUCAAAGCAGAGGAGGAAGAGGAGGGGGAAGAGGAUAAAGGGGCCAUUGCCAUAGUCCAGUCUGGUAAAUGCUUUAAUGGUGGUAGCGGUGAAGUUGAGGGUGUUAGUGACAAUCGGUCAUUAUCUUCGAGUUUUUCAGUGGAUUUGCCCAAAUCCAUGGAGGGUUUACACGAGACGGGUCCGCCACCGUUUUUAAAGAAGACUUUUGAGAUGGUGGAGGAUCCGGAGACGGAUUCCACUGUGUCUUGGAGUAAAAAUCGGGAUAGUUUAAUCGUCUGGAACGCUCAUGAGUUUUCCAAACAUUUGCUUCCUAAAUACUUCAAGCACUGUAAUUUUUCCAGCUUCGUUCGCCAGCUCAACACCUAUGGUUUUAGAAAGAUUGAUCCCGAUAGAUGGGAGUUUGCAAAUGAAGGGUUUCGAGGAGGGAACAAACAUUUGCUCAAGAACAUCAAGAGAAGAAGUAGGUACAACAAGCAGCAACAAGGAGCAGCAGGCGGUGAUGAUUCGGCUAAACCUGGUUUGGAAGCCGAACUUGAAAGUUUGAAGAAUGAUCAGGACUUAUUGAGGAUCGAAAUCCUCAAUCUUAAGCAGCAACAAGAGAACUCGGAGAAUCAACUGAGUAUUGUUGAACAGCGCAUUGGAGUUGCAGAGUGCAAGCAGUUGCAGAUGUUCAUUUUCCUAGCUAAAGCUGCUAAGAACCGUGCCUUUAUUCAAAAUCUUUUCCAGAAGAGAAAGCAACAGAGAGAACUGGAUGGGAGUGAAUUCAAGAAAAGCAAAUUGCUUUCCACUCAAAUUCCUGAAAACUUGCCUGAUGCAGCAGAUGCCAGCCAAAGUGUCAAUUGUAGACACCAAGCUCAGGAACAAUUGGCCGCAAUGCAAACUGAACUUACUGAGAUGGUAAGCAAUGAUACAGAGGCCAACACGAUAUCAAAACUAAUCGAGAAUUCUAUAAGUGAUGAGUUUUGCAGUCCUAUUCAGGAUCAGAAGGCCAAUUUGAUAUGUGGUACCAAUGAUCGGGAAACUGUUUAUCAUCUAAUGUCAGAGAAAUUACUGGAUGACAAUGCAGUUUCUGAGAAUUUAGUUGAAGAAGACUUGGAAGUGAAUGAGACUAAGUUUUACCUUGAAUUGGAAAAUUUGAUUGUAAAGCCUUGAAGUUGGGGUGGGUAUUUAACAGAGCUAGUACAGCAUGUGGGUUGUAUUUGAUCAGUACAUUUCUAUGGUAAAAUCUUCUGUUUUUCUCCUACAUCAUUUGCAAUUAGUUGGGAUACAUGUUUAUGUUUGGCAUGUUUUUACCAUACAGGUAGCAGAGUUGUUUCUUGACUUCAUACACAGAGAACAAGUUGUGCAAACUCGCCCUUCCACUUGAGCUCCUAAGCCCACAUUGGAGAUGCCAGUGUUUGAUAAUGGUCAUAAAUUGUCUAUAUUUUCUGCUUCAUUUUCCCUUUUUUUUUCACCAAUGUUAAAUUCUCUGGAUUGUAAAAAUUGUCACACCAGUAAAUACCACAGUUUAGUUUUGCAUCAAAGGUUUUACAAUACCUCUGUAGUGACUCUGGAUCAAAUCAAACUUGUUAUGGUAUUGAUACGUUAUAUGAUAUAGUACCUUUGGUAUUAAAUUCA